GGUCAUGCUGGGGGUCCGGGUUCGCAUCCUCUCUUUGCUGCUGGCGCCACUGCUGCUGGGCUCCGCGCGAGGCUUGCGCAAUGCGUCUGGGAGAACGUUCGAGAUCGACUACAGGCGGGACCGCUUCCUCAAGGACGGCCAGCCCUUCCGCUACAUCUCGGGCAGCAUCCACUACUCCCGCGUGCCUCGCUUCUACUGGAAGGACCGGCUGCUGAAGAUGAGGAUGGCGGGGCUGAACGCCAUCCAGACGUACGUGCCCUGGAACUUUCAUGAGCCCCAGCCAGGACAGUACCGGUUUUCUGAGGACCAUGAUGUGGAAUAUUUUAUUCAGCUGGCUCAUGAGCUGGGACUGCUGGUCAUCCUGAGGCCUGGGCCCUACAUCUGUGCCGAGUGGGACAUGGGGGGAUUACCUGCUUGGCUAUUAGAGAAGGAAUCUAUUGUUCUUCGCUCUUCUGACCCAGAUUACCUUGCAGCUGUGGACAAGUGGUUGGGAGUCCUUCUGCCCAAGAUGAAGCCCCUGCUCUAUCAGAACGGAGGACCAAUUAUCACAGUGCAGGUUGAAAAUGAAUACGGCAGGUACUUUAGCUGCGACUAUGACUACCUGCGCUUCCUGCAGAAGCUCUUCCGCCACCACCUGGGGGACGAUGCGCUUCUGUUCACCACCGAUGGAGCACGUGAGAAAUUACUACAGUGCGGGGCCCUGCAGGGCCUGUAUGCCACCGUGGACUUUGGGGCAGGAGAAAAUGUCACAGCGGCUUUCCAAAUUCAGAGGAUGAGUGAGCCGAAAGGCCCUUUGGUCAAUUCUGAGUUCUAUACUGGCUGGUUAGACCACUGGGGCCAGCCUCACUCUACAGUCCAGACUGAAGCGGUGGCCUCUUCUCUCUAUGAUAUACUCGCCCACGGAGCGAACGUGAACUUGUACAUGUUUAUAGGUGGGACCAAUUUCGCCUACUGGAAUGGAGCCAACACACCCUAUGCCCCCCAGCCCACCAGCUACGACUAUGAUGCUCCAUUGAGCGAGGCAGGAGAUCUCACGGAGAAGUAUUUUGCCCUGCGAAAGGUGAUCCAAAAGUUUGCAAAAAUACCAGAAGGUCCCAUCCCUCCAUCCACACCUAAGUUUGCAUAUGGAAAGGUUGUUCUGAAAAAGUUAAAAACAGUGGAAGCAGCUCUGGAUAUUCUGUGUCCUGCUGGGCCCAUAAAGAGUCCUUACCCCUUGACAUUUAUCCAGGUGAAGCAGUAUUUUGGGUUUGUGCUGUACCGAACGACUCUUCCUGAAGACUGCAGCCAGCCAACACCCCUCUCUUCACCUUUCAGCGGAGUCCACGAUCGGGCCUAUGUUGCUGUGGACGGGGUCCCCCAGGGAGUGCUUGAGCGAAGCAACUGGACCACUCUGAAAAUAGUGGGGAAGGCAGGGGCCACUCUGGACCUUCUGGUAGAGAAUAUGGGGCGUGUGAACUAUGGCCCCUACCUCAAGGACUUUAAGGGUUUGGUUUCUAACCUGACUCUCGGCACCCAGAUCCUCACGGACUGGGCGAUCUUCCCGCUGGACACUGAGGAUGCAGUACGCAGUCACCUGGGGGGUUGGGCCGGCCACGACAGCCACCACCAUGAUAACCCCUGGGCCCACAGCUCAUCCAACUACACACUCCCGGCCUUUUAUGUGGGGAACUUCUCCAUUCCCAGCGGGAUUCCAGACUUGCCUCAGGACACCUUUAUCCAGUUUCCUGGAUGGACCAAGGGUCAGGUGUGGAUUAAUGGCUUUAACCUUGGUCGCUAUUGGCCAGCCCGGGGUCCCCAGGUGACCUUGUUUGUGCCACUGCACAUCCUGAAGACCUCGGCCCCGAACGUCAUCACGGUGCUGGAACUGGAGCGAGCACCCUGUGGGGACGACGGCCCAGCACUGUGCACUGUGGAGUUUGUGGACAGGCCGGUUAUCAACGCAGCUGUGGCCAGAGGUCCUCUGCCUCCAGACCCGUUAGUGAAGACCCACGGCCACCCUGGGCCUAAUGGGUGCCCGUGAGCCUCCGGGGGCCUAGCCCACAUACCCCACUGAUUCCCCUUGUCGAGUCACCAUUAUUGGAGAGGCCAGUGGAAAAAUCCCCCCGGCGGUGUGGACCACCGGGCUGAGGUUCCCUGCAGCCCUGCAGCAUCUGAUCCCCACCCCUCGGGGCUCACCCUGGAUGGGUGAGAGAGGCCAAGGACUCACUCAUGCGCAGACGUCACCGCAGAGUUGAAAGGGAAACUUUCAAGGUGUUUCUGAUUAUUUCAGAAGAAUCAUGUCUUUUUGUUAAAUAAAUUUGUACUCGAAUGA